UAUAUACAAUGUAAGAUCAGCAUUUUUUUGGAACGGAGUUUAAACACAAUUAGUUCAAAUAACCCAACCGAAAAAUCAAAUCGGAUGAUAUUUUGAUACCGUUUCGAAAGCGUUGGUCCUUCCAACUUUAAAAUGUGCCUGAAAUACCUGAUUUUCUUGUCAGCGGCGUCACUUUUUCGAACGGAAACCGUUGAAAAGGUUACCAGCGACUACUGGGAAUGGCGACUGUCCAUCUCAAGGCAGUUUUCCACCUCUAUCGGCACCUACAAGUACAAUGAUAGGCUUGAUUCCUACACAUAUGAAAAACUCGAGGAUAUAAAGGUCAAAGUAGACGAAUUUUUGAGACGUUUAACUCUGGUUAACAGCUCCACUCUGGAAGGAGAAAGGCUGAUCUCAUUCAAAGUUCUAAAGGAGAUCCUAGAAACCGUGCAAGAUGGCUAUGAAUGGAAGGACUAUCAGCCUUUAAAUCCAAUAAGCUUCUUGGAACACUGGUUUUUUGGCCUCGCAUCGCAGCCUUUUGACACCGAAGGUGACUUUGUGAACUAUAUUAGAAGAAUUGAAGGAGGGCCCCAACAGAUGGAGGAAAUGAUAAACUUGAGUCGCAGAGCCAUUGCCAUUGGUCACACAAGCCAUAAUGUCUCAGUUUCACGUGUUCCUCGGUACAUAGACGACAUGGUUAAACCACCAAACGUAUCAGCACUUUAUUCACCAUUUAAAGACCACGCCAAUCGCAUUCUGGAAAACCAUUCAGCGGCAAUGGAUAAACGGCUCCAAGAUGCCAUAAGUGCAUUCAACGCUCAACUCCUGAAGGUCAAGGAGUUUUUGAAGAACGAAUACAUGCCCAAAACGCGCCCCGGCCUCGGGAUAGGGAGCUUACCGCGAGGAAGAGAAAACUACCAAGCGUGUCUGAGGUUCCACACGUCAACAGACAUCACGGCAAAUGAGGUGUACGACAAGGGUCUUGAGGAGGUGGAACGUAUCGAGAAGCUUAUUAGACAGAAAAUGAUCAACAUAGGAUUCCCCAUCACAACAAAGAUGUCAGAGAUGUAUGCCAAUUUGACAAGUGACCCGAAGUUUCUCUUCAAUAAUCCGGCAGAUGCCCUAGCGAAUUUCAACAAAAUUAUUUUCGAACGAAUUAAGCCAUUGAUGCCGAAAUACUUCCAUCAUCUCCCAGACUUGCCACUAGAGGUUCGAGCCUACACCACGGACAGAGCCUCCGGUGGAUACAAGACAGGAUCUGCUGACGGUUCUAGACCGGGAAUUUUCUAUGUCAACCUCUUCCGACCCAAAGACAACCCCUCGUAUACCAUGGUUUCGUUUUCACUUCACGAAGCCUUGCCUGGCCAUCACAAUCAGGCAAGUUAUGGCCUUCUAUCCGACAUCCCUCCAUUCAUGCAGAAAAUUGAGUGGAAGUCCUUCAAUGCACCAUACUUCUUUCCGUUCUUCAACUCGUUUAUUGAGGGCUGGGGACUCUAUUCGGAGUUUCUUGGAGAAGAAAUGGGCAUCUAUCAUGACGAUUACGAAAUGCUUGGUCGUUAUGGCGAGGAGAUGUUUCGAGCAGUAAGAUUAGUGAUAGAUACAGGCAUCCACGAAUAUAACUGGACGAGGGACCGCGCGAUCGAAUACAUGAUGAAUUAUACUUAUUUUGGCCCUGAAUUAGCGGCAAACGAGAUUGACCGCUACGCCACAUGGCCAGGACAAGCCGUGGGCUAUACGAUCGGAGAAUUGAAGUUCAAGGAACUCAGGAAAAAGGCUUCCGACGCUUUAGGGAGAAAGUUCAAUCUAGCCGACUUCCAUUACACAGUCCUGCGCUACGGUACGCUGCCUCUCUCGGUACUGGAAUAUGUGGUUGAUAAAUGGAUUGCCGACCAACGAGCCGGCGGUUUCCCAGGCGUACCGACGGGCGUUGCGCCAGUGUUGUCGUUUAACGUCUUCAGCAUGAUAUUUGCCGCCAUUUAUGCACUUAUUUAACCCAUGUAUAAUUAGCGUCUAGAAAAAAGGACUUGGCAAACCCAGAUGAGAGGCGGCAUGAAGCUGCGUUUCAUCAGGGUCUGCGCUGUUUGCUUAAAGAAAUUUCUGUAAGAAAUAUUCUAAAAAUAGAAAUGAAUAUACCAGACAUCCCUAAUUUUGGAAAUGAAUUGAUCCAAUUUAGACGAAUGGGAGAGUCCAAUCGGCAUAAACGGGUUAAACUGAGCAAUGUAUAAAGGUCAGUGCCUUAAGUAGUCGUGAAGACUCGAAGAUAUAUAAAGGUCAGUAACAAAAUAAGUCGUGAAGACUCAGUUAUUUACACACAUACAGAACAAUAUAUAAUCACAGUAUUGAAAGUACUGGUGGGGCGAUUUUGCUCAAAUUUUGUGGUCGUAAAAAACCUAUGUACCGUGACUCAUCGGAGCUAUUUUGUUUGCGAAUGCAGAAACUGGAUGCAAAGUGGUUAAAUGCAGUAACGGACUACAUUCUUUGGUAUACGUAUAUUAUGUUAGUUAUGGGGGGAAUUGCAGAAGGCAAUUGCAACAAAAUCGCAACAAAUGUAGGUGAUGGUGCGUGCGGUCAUCAUAUGGAAAUUUAUUGUCAACAUCCCAAUAGUAAUAAACACAACAUACUUUUUAACUAUUGAGCCUUUUGUUUGAGGCUGUAAAGUACAGCAUGACCUUAUAUCGCUAUUAGCAGCUUGGAAAAUAUGUGCAUACUUUUCAAUUUGUCUUCGAUAUUUUACGAAAAUGAUUAGUGUUGAAUAUUAAAGCGGAAUGUUCUUAUCAGGGAAUGUGAAUGUGAAAAACCCACACAUUUUAAGGUACAAACAAUGCUGAACAAUUUUAUGCAUCGAUUUUAUGUUCGUUCAACUAAUAACGGUUUAUCAGUUUUAAUGUGUGAUUUUGAAAGAGUUUUGAAUGGCUCAUUUGCCGAUAUUCUACGCCUAAUAAUAUGUAGAAUGUAACAUUUAAAUUUGCUCUUAUUUAUUGUGUUAUGAUUUAGAAGUUCAAACGACAAUAAAUGUGUAUUCCGACUAAAUGUU